AUGCCCAAACAAUAUGAUAAUGGCUGGGCAAGCCACAUCAAAGAACUCAAGAAAUUUAAAGAAAAGUUUGGUCAUUGCAAUGUGCGGCGCACCCAAAAAGACUACAUUCGAUUGUCCUAUUGGAUUCGAAGAGUUCGAGGACUCUACAAACUUCGUCGAGCUGGGAAAAGGACAAGCUUGACAGAUGAGCGCGUAAAGGAGCUUGACGACCUCGGCUUUGGUUGGGAAGGAUGGAGUGCCAAUCGUGACGAUGUCUUUCAAACACGAAUCAAAGAAAUGAAAGAGUUUCGAAAGCGCCAUGGCCAUUGCAAUCUCCCCUGUCCCUACGCCCAUAAUCCCACUUUGAAAUCUUGGACCAAUGGCAUGCGGCAAAAGUACCGACAAUACCAGGCCGGUGAGAAAACCACCCUGACGCCAGAACAAAUUGCCGAACUCGAAUCGAUUGGGUUCGAUUGGAACGUGGCAUCGACCUCCUCCCGGCGAGGUGCUAAAGUGCAGCCAAGUCACGAAUCUGUGAUUUCCAACGACCAAGGAUCGUCCCAGCCAUACGAAACACAAAGUUAUUACCAAGAACAUGUUUCCGUUCCAAUGAACGGUGGCAAUUCUCCUUCAACGCCUGCUGGACCAUUCUCGGGCUUGGAAAGUUUGGCUGAAAUUUGCCGCGUCGUUUCCAAAGAGGAAGAACAUAGCAUUCAUAGCUCAUCCCAAGCCAAUACGCCAAACAAGAAACAAAGGCGCAAAUUCAAGGAAGGAUGUGGCCACUGGACGGAUGCUGAACACGAAGCAUUUUUGGAAGCCCUUGACAAAUUCGGUAGGAAAUGGACCAAGAUUGCCAGCACGAUACCCACUCGAUCCACCUCUCAAGUUCGUUCCCAUGCCCAAAAGUAUUUUGAUAAAUUGAAGCGAGGCCACCAAGACGUCAGCGACGGAGACUUUGGUGCGUUGGUGGAAUCCAUCGAAUCGGGUAGUUACAAUUUCAGUCAGUCAAGUGCGAGAUGA